AUGUUUUCCGCCGAGACCGGGGCACGCACCGAGCUACAAGAUAUUCCGCCUGCGCCGCCGUCGAGCUCUUUUGCGCGGCGAACAACGAUACCCAUGCCUGAUGUCAUCCGACGUCUCUUUAAGCAAUUUCCCCUACACGUGUGGCCCCCUGCCGAGUCAGGGGGUUCAUGGAGCCAGGUCGAGGGGGCUUCUCGCCCAGCCACUCUCUAUAUCAUACCACCCAAGGAACCAGGUACUUGGGCAAGUGCUGACCCAGUGAGCCUACGCUGGCAAAUGGAAUUUGUUGUGCGUGGCGUGCCUGUGCACUGCGAGCCCUUGUACGAUGCGUACUGGUCUCCUGAGCAUACCACACCCUUUGCUCAGGUGGACACAGAGUCGCAUGGUGCGCAGCUACUGGGUGAAUCAAGCUUGCAGCGAUACAUGGACCAUCAUUACCCUCUUGUCCGUGCAGAGCUAGAGGAAAAGAGUGUAUGGCCUGAUCAUGUACAGGACGAAGUGAUGUUGUGGAUGAAUCUACUGGAACAGCGGGUUAUGUGUGGCUUACUUCUUGCUUGUAUUCGAUCGGGAACGUAUACGCCACCGUCGCAGUCGGCGUCGCUCUUGCGCCGCUGGCUCGCACCCUUGUUCCCAGGCGAGAUGUCGCCCGAGCAGGGCGCAUUUGCGCGUCUCGCUCGUCUUAGUGCCGCUGGUGCAUCGCCAUCAAGUCUGGCAGCCGUGUUUGGACGCGACUACUUGAGUGAUGUGCGCAAUCCACUCACGCUCGUGCCAGGCUACUCUGUCGACUGGGUCGGCUUUCUCAGUGGCACGUCAGAUCACACAGGCCCGGAUGCAUCUGAAGUCGAGCAAUUUCCAGCAUCACUGCGUGUGGACCAAGACGCCAUUCAACGUGAUGCCGCAGAUGCCCUGAAUGCUGUCGCUGCACGCCUCGCCGACGAUAUAGGCUCGUGCGACGAUGUAUGGAUGCUCGGUGCACGGCGCCCUACAUCGCUUGACUGCCUCCUCUUCGCCGUUUUGCACACCAUUCGGACGCUGCCCGCCCAACAAGUGCGUUUCUUGUUGGCCGUACAAGAGCGGCACCCCUCUUUGCUGACCUAUUACGAACGCCUCCACAAAUAUGUGCCGUAG